AUCAGCUGUGCACGUUCGCGCCACUUGGCGGGAGAGAUUCGAAGUUGAGUUCGAGCGAGCGCUUAGCCCGUACGGCCGUGCACGUAUACUUGGUAUAUAGGAACAAAUAAAUGCGUAUGUUGACCUGUGCAGAAGCCUGAGAUAGUUUGAGCAUUCGUCAAAGAAACACAAAUUCUCCACUUUUGCUCACAUUAAUUCAUAAAGAAAAUGAAUAAUUUGCUAACCAGAGGAGCCAUUGCGGCCAUUUUCCAAGAAAAAGUUGUCAGUUGCCCUGUAUUACAGCUUCUGGCUUGUAAGAAGAUGAAUGCAGCAUCCAGUGGUAAAGCUGUGGAUCGUUAUCGUCUUAUGCUCUCAGAUGGAGAGCAUACAUGCACAGCCAUGUUGGCUACACAGCUCAAUGAGAUGGUUUCAACAGGAAAGCUUGAUGUCCAAGCUGCCAUGAAACUCAAUAAUUACUCCUGCAAUCAAAUUGCUAAUGACAGGCGAGUCAUUGUGGUCUUGGAUCUGGACAUUGUGAAGAAAGGAAGCGAAAUUGGUAUGACGAUUGGAACCCCUUCACCGAUGAGAGCUCCAGGACAGGGAGCAGGACCUGGACCAGUUCAGCAGCAGUCCAGACCUGAUAGUACAGUGAGUCAUGAAGCACCCCAAGCAGCCAGACCUACCAGCUAUGGAACAGGAGCCGCUCCAUCUAACUCAAGACCUAAUGGUAACAAACAACAAGGUUCAUUCUAUGGUCAGUCAAACCAGGCUACGGGGAGUAACACUUCACCAAAGAAGGUCCAUCCAAUCUCUAGUCUUACCCCAUACCAAAACAGAUGGACUAUCAAGGUACGUGUGACCAACAAGUCCAAAAUCCGCACUUGGAGCAACGCCCGUGGUGAGGGGAAGCUCUUCUCCAUGGAUCUCUCAGAUCAGUCAGGCGAAAUCCGCUGCACUGCCUUCAAAGAUACGGUGGAUAAAUAUUACGACAUGAUAGAGAUUGGAAAGAUUUACUUUGUAUCUCGAGGCACUCUGAAGCCGGCUAAUCGACAGUACACAUCCAUCAACAAUGACUAUGAGCUUACAUUCAACAAUGAUACGAUGGUAGAGCCUUGCGUCGAGGAAGACGUGUCCAUUCCAGCUGUUCAGUUUGACUUCAAGAGUAUUGCCCAUCUUGAGGACACGGCUGAAGAUUCAAUGAUAGACGUGAUUGGUGUGUGUAAGAGUACUAGUGACCUGGCUUCAGUGACCAUCAAGUCAUCUAAUCGAGAGGUCAAUAAGAGGUCAAUUCAGCUGGUUGAUGAUUCUCAGAAAGAAGUUUCUCUUACUCUUUGGGGCAAAGAGGCUGAGGAGUUUGAUGGCUCCGGAAACCCUGUCAUUGCAGUAAAGGGAGCUCGUCUGUCUGGGUUUGGAGGAAGAUCGUUGUCUGUCCUACAAUCAAGUAUCUUCCAGGUCAACCCAGACAUCCCCAAAGCACAUCACCUCAAAGGAUGGUUUGACAGCGAGGGUCAUUCCCAGGAUUCCCAGUCCAUCUCAAGUAAGAUGGGAGGAGGCGGAGGAUCAAACACCAACUGGUUGAACUUCCAUGAUGUUCAUGCUCAGAACCUCGGCCAGGGUGAAAAGCCGGAUUAUUUCACAGUAAAAGGAACGAUACUCUUUGUCCGGAAGGAGAACUGUAUGUACAUGGCCUGUCCUUCAGCCGAGUGUAACAAGAAGGUAUCAGAGAAUGGAGAUGGAUCAUAUCGGUGUGAGAAGUGUGCCAAAGACUUUGAGGGUUUCAAAUACAGACUUCUCCUCUCUGCUAAUGUUGCUGAUGCUACAGACAACCAAUGGAUUACAUGCUUUCAAGAGACAGCAGAACAGCUUCUUAAUAAACAAGCCCAGGAACUAGGAAGCCUUAAAGAUCAGGGUGAAGCAACUGAAAGGGAAUUUAAUCAGGUCUUCCAGGAUGCUUGCUUCAAUGAUUACAUGUUUAAAAUGAGGAUCAAGAUGGAAACAUACAAUGAGGAGGCUCGUCUGAAAUGCACAUGUGUGAACGCUCAACCCAUCAAUGUCAGAGAUUACACCAAGAAACUGAUCAACGACAUCAGACUUAUGGCCUCUGCUUAGUGGACAAAGGGGGGCGCUGUAGUAUUCUAUCUUCCGAUGAUGUACAGAGAUCAUGACAGUAUAAAUAUAAGUCUGAUUGAAAAUUUUGGAAGAGAGAUAUCCCAAUGGAUACUCCUGAUGAAUUCAACUUUAAUAGCUCAACAAUAUACCAUAUUUCUUUUCAGUUGCAAUAUCCAUGGGAUAUUGUGUACCAGAUGAUUGUUGCCACAUGAUUUGUACUUGGAAAGUUUUUCAACCUAACAUGAUUACAAUAAAUUUCAAAGUUAUUAAGGUCUGUAACAUUUUAUUAGAGCUUGAUCAAAGCAUUUGUCCAUUAUAUAUUUGAUGAGGAGUUUAGCCAGUCUGAACUCGUGCUUACCUGUCGUCUUGUUCCAAAAUCUGUGCUUUUAACUAUGGGUUGCCAAUUGUGAUACAAUUUCUGUCAGUAAACGUUUUGCUUAUGAGUUUAUAUGGUAUGCAAACAAUUGAAAUCAGGGGGGUGUUUCACAAAGAUUUAAGUACGACUUAAAUCACACUUAAAUGCCGACACGCACAUUGAUGGAUAUGUGGUAGUGCGCAUCCUGAGCGCAUGAUAUGACCAAUGUGGUGAUGUCUGCUAUAACGUACGCAACUGGGUAUUUAAGUGAGACUUUAAGUCAGACUUAAAUCUUUGCGAAACAAAUCCCUGGUCUCAUUGGGUGUUUCCUUACAUCAAGCUGUCCUGAUAGGAACUUACACCAGGUAAACAAAAUUUCUUCAUGCUUAGCUCCUGUAAUUAAUCUCAGAUAUUUAACACAUUUACACCAUGAAAGGACUUCAGCUCACUUAAAGAUUCAUGUUCAUUACAAAUAAGGCAUAAUAAUUUGAUAUUGGGAACAAUUUCAAAGAUACUCUCAUCAUGUUUGUGAAUUAAAAGAUAAAAAUAAUCGGAUUACAAUGCAACCAUUUGGAGGGUUUGAAAUUGAUAGACAUUGAAUAAUGAAAAGGUUUAAAUAAAGAUAGCAUAUUGACCAAGUCUAGAGCAAGAAACUUGUAUGAAUACUAACUUGAGAUUGAAAACACUGAAACACUUGAAAGAUGCAAAGUAUAACUCAAACGCUAUUUUAAUGCAAUGAAAAACUGCAACAGCAAAGUCAUUCCAGCAUGUAGUAGUUGAUUGGAAUCUAGUGUACAGUCUAUAUCAAUUAUCCAUUAUAUGGGCUUUAUAAUGGAAUAUAAAAUAAAUAUUUCAUGUGAUAUCAUACAUAGAUAGAAUUAAUAGGAAAGCUUGGUGCCUUUCCAGCUAUCAUAUUUCGCUGCCAUCAUAGAGAAAACUAAAAAGGAACAAAAAAAAUAAGAAAGUGCAUAUUAUGAGGAUAAGUAUUUUCAUGUACAGAUGUAGAUUACAAAUGUUUUCUUUUUUGUUAUAUUUAUAUAGCAUGGUAUGGAUUAUGGGUGAGAAUAUGAAAAGGCAAAGCUAUGUAUUUUCUACAAAAUAUUGUAAAUCUAGCAAAUACAGUCUUUAGUUGUGGGCCCUACGACACAAGAGUGUUGGAAUGGAGUGCAAAAAAAUGCAAGAACACUUCUGAUUGAUUCCUAGUCAGUGUUUUGAACAAAUUGGUCAUGUUACAAUGAUAUUGAUUGGUCAAUACCAUUGAGUCGUGAUUACAAACUUUACGUAAUGGGGACGCUGUUGUAUCUUUAACUUUUAUCUCUUCCAUACUCCUGAAGUAGUGUUUGUUUUUUGAGAUGUAUUAACAUGUAUGUCCUGUAUAAAGAUUUUUUCUCGUAAAAUAAUUUUUUUUCUGCUGGGCAUUGUAAUCCAAGCUAUAUGAGUGGUUUGAGGUUUAAGCCCUGGUUAUGUCUUUUGGAAGGCGAUGUUAAAGAUCAGUCCCAGAUGUAAAUGAUCAUGUGAAUGAUACAUGUCUGAAAAGAUUAAAGAACAUAUAUACACACUGUCUGUUAUUGGUUAAAACUGAUAUGGUGUAUAUCCCUCUCUGUGAUAUUUGAGUAUACUAUCUCAUCAGAAUGUAAAUGUCUUUUGAGGCAGAGCUUAGAAAAUAAUGUAUCACUAAAAUCCUCAAUUUGGCGAUAUGAUGGGAUAUUAUCUUUUUCCAUUUAAAUUGUACAAAAUACAUCAGGACAAAAUGUGUCAAUUUGCGAAUCUGUCUCAUCUUUAUGUUAUCAGUAUCUUGUUCAAUGGUAAAAGAAAAAUCACUUAAAUUUGCAAAUUGGCAACAUGUUUUUUAUCUAUUGUCAGUUGGUAUGUGGGCAGUUCCAUCCUUUUUGUACACUUAUCACAAACCCAAGUAAAUCCAGUGUUAGAUAAACAACAAAAAAUAACCCCUUUCUCAAAUACCAUAAAUUUUUAGUGCAUCCUGUUAUAGCAAAAUACUUCUGUCUAAAAAUUAUGUUUAAAGUUACGUCAUAUUCAUAUAAUGCACAUUUAUGAAUGUGCUGUAGCGAUGAAGUGCACUUGAGUGUAUUUAGAAUAUGUGACAAGCAAGGGCAUCAUGCUCUUGUAUAAUAAUCUACAGACUCUAAAUGCUUGCAUCAUCACUAGCACCGCAAAUCAAAAAAAUAUGUAUUUGAUUUAUAAAACAGUUUGGCAGAUGAAUUUGUCAUGGUAAGUGUGUUUGAAUCCUUCCAAAUUUUCUCGGAUCACACGGAUGAAGGAGGUCACAUCCGCUUUCUAUGACGACAUCUCACCUCCUAAGCGUAUCAAAAUAUUUGCCAUAGUCUUCUCUUUAAAAGAAAGCAUAUUUCAGAUGGCGUCUCAGUUUUUACGCGCUAUGGGAAAAAUGAUGCGCCCAAAAUGCGCAGUACUGCACACUAAAAUGCACAGUGCUUUAUUUUUUAAAUGCGCAGCUGGAAGGUUUCAUAGAAUUAAAGCAUAAACAGUAACUUGCAUAUGCACUGGCUGUUUGCUACAUCUUUGAACCUGUUUCAUAAAUACAUUCCAGCAAAAUGAUUUUUAUUGAACAUGAUGUACUAAAAAAAGUUAUGGUAUUAUUAUUGGGAGGGGGGAUAUUUUUUGUUGUUUCUGUUGUAAUAAUCAUUCAUUUAAUGAGACUUGUCUGGUCAAAAACACAUUGCGCAUUACAUGAGGUGAUGAAAUUUAACUUGUGAUAUACUCAUUAUCUGCAUUACUUUCUUAUGUUAAUAAAAUGUUUUGAAGAAAACAAUGAAAAACA